CUGGGUUUAUAAGCGGCCGGCGAUGGCGGCGGCGAGCCGAGUUUCAGCGUCAGAUUAGCCGAGAGCGCGCGCGUUUUUUCCCACGAUCAGGAAAAUCGAAUUCCAGAGCCAUGAAGGAUCGAUUCAAGUGGUUGUCGCUGGAGCUGCUCCUGCUGAUAGGCGCCGCAGUCGCCUUUCCGGACGGCGCUCCGGCGGACACGUGCGUAAAGCAGCGGGCGAAUCAGCCGAAUCAUGGCAAGGCCCGGAGUCAGCCCGCCCACUCGAAUCCGUACGAGGUGGUGGCCGAUGCGCAGAGCUAUCAUCCCGGCCAGCAGAUAUCGGUGGUCAUCUACCCGCACUCGGACCAGAGCACCGUCUUCCGGGGAUUCUUCCUGCAGGCGCGCGAUGCCAACUCGAACGAGUGGAUCGGCGAGUGGGUGCAGAGCGAGAACACCAAGACCAUUCCGGAGUGCUCGGCCAUCACGCACUCGGACAACCGGGACAAGCUGGGCGCCAAGCUCAUCUGGAAGGCACCGCAAAAUAAGCGGGGCCAUGUCUACUUCACGGGCACUGUGCUACAGGAGUACGGAACGUUUUGGAGCGACAUUGUGAACAAAGUGCAGGCGGAGCGGCCAUAACUGAAAUUAUGUACUUACUUUUAAGGCAGCCGGGCAAUAAAUCUUAAAAACCCUAAUUAGUCAAAACGAAAUUGUUGUUUGAGGAUUUUUUCGACUGCCAUUCACCAUUCCGACGGCUUGGACGCCAAAGGCGCCCCAUUGAGCUGUGCAAUCAACAUUACAGGGCAAAAUUAUUGGCUUUUUGGCUCAGCGUUUAUGAAUGACCAGCCCACAUCCCAACGCCCGAAGAGGCGAACCAGUUCCCGCCGCCCACCACAGACAGCACCUUGCCACCCACAUCCUCCCACAUCCACCCACUAUACUCCAAGUCCGCAAAUGGAACGCACGAGCCGAGCACGUUUGGGUUUCCAGACACGUUGGCCAGCUUCUCAUAGGAAAUUCGUUCUGGGCGCACCAGCAAAUUGGAAACUCUAAGCACCUUUCAGUCGGGCUGUGCUAUACAGUAAUUAGACGGCCAACGAAUUUGGCCAAGACAUAGGCCAAGAUAAGUAUUCGUAGCAUAGGUCCAAAGCACUUCUGAUUG